AUGUCGUGUGCACCUCGCCCCCUACAUGCCCACAUUCUGGCCGCCGCCUCCUUUUUUUCCACCUGUUUUGUCUUCUGCCUCAGAGUCAAGAGUGGUUUCCCGUUGGAUGGUAACCAGACCAGAGGACGUCCUCAUGCUGUAGCGGACUCGUCUGAAGAGAUGCCGUUGACGGUCUUGGACUGCGUCGCUGUCUCCGUCCACAUCUUCACCUUUCUGCUCGGCCUUCCUGCCAACCUGCUUGUCCUCUUCGUGUACACACGCAAGGCUCGCAAGCACGGCGCCACGCCUAACGUGGUCUAUGCCCUCAACCUGUGCGUGGCCAACCUGGCGCUCGUGGCCUGGCUGCCCGUGAAGGUGGGGGAGAUGGUGCUGAAGGACUGGAGGCUUCCACCGCUGGUGUGCCCUUUUUACAGCUUCUUCUUCUACUCCUCCCUAUACGGCAGCUGUCUCUUCAUCACCGCCGUCACCGUGGGGCGUUACCUCAGCAUCGCAUUCCCCAUCAUCUACAAGAGGUACCGCCGUGCACGCCUGUCCUGCUACAUCGCUGCUGCCUUGUGGGUGCUGGUAACAGUGCACCUCAGCAUCAGCCUGGUGGCUGAGGGAGGGGCUUACUUCGUCGGCAUCAAGGACAACAUCUCGGUGUGUUACGACCACUUCAACGCGUCCCAACUGAAGGUGCUGCUGCCUCUGCGCCUGGAGAUGGCCAUCGUCUUGUUUCUUUUGCCUCUGAUCAUGACGUGCUUUUGCACGCUGCGUUGCGUCACUCUGGUGUGGCGUUCAAAUCUGCCCCCGAUGGGGAAGAGGAGAGUCCUGGCUGUGGCUCUGUCCACACUGGCUGUGUUCGUGGUGUGCUACGCACCCUACAACGCCUCGCACGUUGUGGGGUUUGUGUGGGGUACGAAUGUGUCGUGGAGGCCUUAUGCAAUGCUCACGAGCUCCUGUAACGUUUUCCUGGAGCCCGUAGUGAUGUUGAUGCUCUCGCCAGCCGUGUCGAGGGGCAUUCUGGGGAGAAUCUGUGGCCAACAGAGCCAGUUUAGGCGGAGCGAGGGGUGUCGGCAUCGAGCUAAACCGAUUAGUGGUUUCACAAACAUCAAAGUGCCACCUUCUCUGUCUGAGAAGGAUGGGGUAACAAAAUGAGGUUGAGAACAAUAAUCACAGCACACCAACCCACAGAAACGCUGCAUCGUCAUCACGUAACGUCACGUCUUCUCCCUCUUUGGACCAAAUGUUUGUGACGUCCUGAUGACGCAGAUUUUGUGACUUUCUUUAAGCCAGCAGUG